GCUGUGACGCACUCCGCACACUCGUCCCCUGCCGCUCUUCUUAUCUUCAGCCAGCGCAACGGCACUGGCUGCGCUUGCAGAACCAUGGCUAACAAUGGCAGUCGUCCUCGUCCAGGAGGCCAUCGUGGCGGCGCCGUGCAACGUUGCGUACUCGCGUUGCUGCUUCUGCUUUCCGUAAGCUGCCGGAGCCUCCGGUGACAGUGGCAACGGUGGUGGCGUGGAGGCAGGGGAUGAGGCUGCAGGAUGGACGGGCGGGCUGAGCCGGCGGAGUUUCCCAAAGGGGUUCGUGUUCGGGACGGCGGCGUCGGCGUACCAGGUGGAGGGCAUGGCGCUCAAAGACGACCGCGGGCCCAGCAUAUGGGACGCCUUCGUUAAGAUCCCUGGUGGCAUUCAGCUGAUUUCUGAAAUACUUUGACAUCUAUUUUGGUAUCAAUUGGUUUCUGAUAGCGCAAUGACUGGGCGCAAUGCUACUCUGCUUGCAGGUGAGAUUGCAAACAACGCCACGGCGGAUGUUAGCCCGUUCGGUGGGCUUCUGCUGCGGCGGUGGGUUUCUUCCGGCUUGGCUUUUCAGCCUAGCUGUUCGGUGGGCUUCACGGUGAAGCCGUAUUCCAACGUCUUCCACCGACGCCGCCUCCCGUCCCCAUCCACCUCCCACAGACGCUGCAGCUCUCUAUCGCUCCCUUUCCGCCGCCGCCGCUCCUCCGCUCCCCCGCUCCGUCGCUUCCGCCCGCUCUCCGCCGCCGGCCGGCCCUCGGCUCGCCCGCUCCGUCGCGCUCGCCCGCGCGACGCCGCCGUCCCUCCCGCUUCUUCUCGCCCCCUCCGUCGGGCGCGGUCCAUCCGGAUCCGCCGCCGCCGCAGCUUCCGCUCCGCCGCUCCCUCGCUGGCGCGCGCUCUCCGCCGCCGGCGAGGCGUCGAGUGGCCCUCUCCCUCACUCUCAGCCGGCCGGGCGACGACGCCGUUCGUCCCGCUGGUCGCCCCCUCCGUCGCUCGGUCCGGAUCCACCGCCGCCUGUCCCUCCGGAUCCGCCGCCGCAGCUCCGACCCGGCGCACCCACUCCCGCCGCCGGUGGGCCAUCGCGUGGAAGGAACGUCUCCCACGCCGUCAGCCCCUCCAUCCCCUUCGCUCACAGGUGAACGUUCCAAAGACCAAGAAGACUUAGUGCAAAAACAAGGAGUGGAGGAAGCACAACCAGGACAAGGUGCCUCAGUACAAAAACGGCGACAGAUACAAGGCUACUAGGAGGCCAACCGCGAGGAAGAUUCAACGGUGCCCACACUGGCAUCGUCAUCGACUGGGGUCCUGCUCCCCCCCCCCCACCCCCCCGUGUGCCCGUACAAUUUCCGCCACAAACGCGCCAAGCCACCU